AUGGACGUGAAUACGCCCUACAUCGGACUCGAGUGGGAAUAUGUUUAUCAGGUGAUCAUGGGAUGCCUAGUGUUCUUGAUCGUCCCUGGUAUCGGCUUGCUCUACGGCGGGAUGGCUCGCAGAAAGUCAGCGCUUGCCAUGAUUUUCCAGUCAAUGACUGUCAUGGCUGUAUGUACUUUCCAGUGGGCCUUCUGGGGAUUCACACUCGCCUUCUCGAGGAAUGGAGGCCCUUUCAUCGGAGACUUGACCAAUUUUGGUUUGAAAGAUGUGAGUAGAUUGGACCUGCUACUCCUACGGUUCAUUAUCCAUUAUUCAUUGCUCACAUUAUCACAGGUCAUGGCGGCACCUUCCUGGGGGUCUGCUGUUAUCCCAGACAUUGUCUUUUGUUUCUACGAACUGAUGUUUUGCGCAUGUGCAACCAUGAUCGUUGUCGGUGGCUCGUUCGAACGCGGCCGAAUUCUCCCCUCCAUCAUCUUUGGUUUCUGCUGGGCCACACUUUGUUAUUGUCCUAUUAGUUAUUGGACAUGGAAUGCCAAUGGUUGGCUCUUCAAAUUGGGAGCUUUUGACUUCGCAGGAGGCGGGCCUGUUCACAUUUCUAGUGGAACUGCUGGUCUGGCGUAUGCACUGGUGCUCGGCAAACGGAGUCGGCUCGGUGAAAAGCACAUCUAUAAGGCUCACAAUGUUACGGUGGUCUUUCUUGGUACGACCCUCAUAUGGUUUGGAUGGUUUGGAUUCAAUGGCGGAUCUGCAUUGAACGCAAGUAUACGUGCCAUGAUCGCUGUUUGGAAUACCAACAUGGCCGCAGCGAUGGGUGUCGCGGGGUGGGUUUUGAUGGACUACGUGAAGCACAGGAAAUUCAGCGUGAUCGGAGCGUGUGAAGGAGCGAUUUGUGGUUUGGUUGGUAUCACACCUGCUGCUGGUUAUGUGUCAAUUUGGUGUGGAGCUGCAAUUGGGUUCAUCACUGCGGUUGUGGUGAAUCUGUUCGAGGAUGUUAACCACUGGCUAAAUAUUGACGAUGGCCUGGAAGUGUUCAAGCUUCACGGUAUUGGUGGCAUGUGUGGAGCCUUCCUCACAGGCAUCUUCGCUACAGCGUCAGUCUCUUCCCUGGAUGGAGUGACCAUUGCCUCCGGGGGAAUCGAUGGCAAUGGCUUACAGAUUCCCAAACAAUUGGCCGAGAUUGCGGCAAUCGCUUCCUGGUCAUUCACCAUUUCUUUCAUCCUUCUCAUGAUUAUGAAGUACAUUCCAGGAUUGCAUCUUCGUGUCACAGAUGAAGCUGAAAUGAUUGGCCUAGAUCUGGACCAGUUUUCAGAUGAGGUUGUGGGUGAAUGGUCUCUCUUCACAGACGAAACAACUGGCCGACGAGCAUCAAUCACGCAUGGAGUGCUUCCUGCAGGAGGGACAUUGACACCACCCUCGGAAGGACCCUCUGAGAAUGUCACCGAGCAGAAGGCUGAGCCAAAGACAACAUGA